AUGAAUUAUGGAUCGUCUAUAGUGGAUUGCAAUCCUUCGGAUAUCCCACUAUAUGAUUUUGAAUUUGUUCCAUUUGAUGAUAUUUUGGCCAAAAAAGAUAUAAUUGGCCAAUUGACUACAUAUGGUGAAGUAACCAAGACCGCUAAAUCGAAAUGCAUGACUAUUGAACUGGUGGAUACAAAAUAUGCUGAUGAGAUGAUAAAUUAUAUAAAUGCUGAGGGAGCUAAUGGUGCAAUUAUAGUCAUUAUACAGUUUGCAAAACGAAUCAUGUAUAAAGGUGGUGUUCUUGUUCAAAAUUCUCGCUAUGCUUCAAGAUUGUUCAUUAUCAGAGAAUUACCUGAAAUUACUGCUUUUAAAGAUAGCAUGUGUUGCAAAACUGAACAAAUAUCUGGCCAACUAACUCAACUGACGAAUGAGAGUGCUGACUUUUUGAAAGAAGAAUAUGUAAAAGAUAUUUUUGACAGUGUGGAGAUGAAAAGGUUCAAGAUAAAAUUGAUUGUUGCUGAUAAAUCUGGAGAUGCUUCUUUUAUGAUAUUUGAUAAAGAAGUGUCAAAAUUGGUUGGUACAACAGCAAAAGAAAUGGUUGCCUCUCAAAAUCAGAUAGAAAACAAUGAGUUUCCUGAAGAAUUCAAAGGUCUAUUGGGGAAAAGAUUUUUGUUUCAGGAUGUCUUUCAUUCUGAGGCAAACUCUUCUCUCUCCCAUGUCACACCGCAAAAGAGAGCAGCAUUACUUGAUGAACAUUCACCCUUUGGGAUGCAGCUUUCAACCAACAAGAAACUCAAGUUUGUUGUGACUGAAGAAGAAGAAUGA